GCCCAUGCCGCCUCUCCAGGCUGAAGUGUGUCGGGGGCCGGGAGACGGGCUCCUUUGCACCACGUCUCUCAAAGGGAGAAGGACAUUUCCGCCCGUCUGGAAAGGAAACUUCUGAAACCUCUCCUGGUGCAGGGGCUUUGGGACAGCAGCGGAAAACUUAAGCCAAAGGCUGCUCCGUGUUUCACAGUAACUGCCUGGGAUGUGGCGCAUCUCCUGCAAGGAGACUUUUCAGUGGUUGAUCCACUGUUGGGUCACAUCUGGCAACUAAGCUGGGAUGGAAAUUCUAUGAUGCUGAUGACUAUCAUCCUACAGAGAACAUACAGAAAAUGGCACAAGGAAUACCACUAAAUGACCAGGACAGGAUUCCAUGGCUUUGGAAAUUACAUAAUAUAUUAAUGAGAGAAGAAUUAGCUGGACAAAGUGUGAUUCUAGCGUGUUCAGCUCUGAAGAAAAUGUAUAGACGCAUAUUAGUAAGUGGAAGGGAUGCUGUGAAUUCUCAGAGUGAUCAUCUAGAGGAACAAGGAGACUCUGCCACUGGGAAAGUCCUUUUCAUCUAUUUGGAUGGACCUAUGGAACUCAUCGCCAGCCGCCUAGAGAAGCGGAGAGGACAUUUUAUGGCACGUGAACUACUUCAGUCUCAGUUUGAGACAUUGGAGCCUCCGUCAGCACCAGAAAACUUUAUCACUGUGAGUCUGGAAAAAUCUGUUUCUGAAAUAGUGUCUGAAAUUGAGAACUCUCUUCAGUUAGAGUAAUGCUUUUCUUGAGCAAUUUCUGAAUUAGAUACACAUUAAUUCUUUUCACCAUGUCAUCUUUGUGGAACAGCAUUUUUGUUUUUUCAAGUUAAUCAGCACUAUUUGCAGCAUUAACUUCACAGUCUUGACACACUUUAAAGGGGCCAGAACAAUUAUUACUGAUACUUUUAUUAAGACCUGUUAAAACUUGAAGAAACAAUUUUCAAAAGUGCAUGGCGUUUGCCUAACUCUUCUUCCAUUUAAC